AUGAUGCCUGUGUUCAAAACCACGCACUGGCAUAUGGUGCAAAGGACAGUUGAACAGAAGUCACCAGGCUCCGUGAUUCUCCUCUGGAUCAGCUUCAGCCUCCUUAUCCUGCUCUUCAGGACUAGGAGGCCCAGAAACUUCCCCCCCCCCGGACCUCGGCCCAUCCCAAUAUUUGGGAACCUGCUGCAGCUGAACCUGGUCAAUCUUCUCAAAGAUCUCAGGAAGCUGUCGGAGCGCUAUGGGAAGGUCUACAGUAUCUAUCUUGGGAGGAAGCCAGCUGUGGUGCUCAACGGUCUGCAGGCAAUGAGGGAAGCACUGGUCACUCAAUCUGUGGAGUUUGCUGGACGACCCAAAGGCCUUAUGAUAAAUCAUCUAAUGCAGAAUAAGGGAGUUGGCAUGACUGAUGGGCCAAUAUGGAAGGAGCACAGGAGAUUUGCCCUCACAACCCUACGAAACUUUGGCAUGGGGAAACAAUCCAUGGAGGAGAGGAUUCUGGGAGAGAUUUCCUACAUAGCCUCACAUUUGGAAAAGAAUGCAGGUAAAGCUACAGACCCCCAGAACUUGUUCCACAAGGCCACAUUCAAGAUCAUCUGUACUGUCCUGUUCGGGACUCGAUUCAAACAUGAAGAUGAGUUUCUGCAGCUCAACAUCCGCCAUAUCAGAGAAAUCAUCAAUGGUCCCUGGGCCAUGGUAAGUGACUGCAGAUUUAUGAUACUCAGGAACCUCCCCCUGCCCUUCCAGAAGGCCUUUGAGAACAUCAGCAUGAUCAGAAAGUCACGGGCAGACCAGGUGUCCCAACACAAGGAGUCCCGGGUCACAGGAGAGCCACGGGACCUAAUCGACUGCUACCUAGAUGAAAUGGAAACGAGGGGAGAUGAUGGCUCCUCCUUCAGUGAAAAUCAGCUGGUCUUUUAUCUGCUGGACCUCUUCUUUGCUGGAACAGACACAACCUCCAACACACUCCUCACAGCCUUCCUGUACCUCAUGACUCACCCAGAUGUUCAGGAGAGGUGUCAGAAGGAGAUCAAUGAGGUGCUCGGGGAGAAGGAGCAGGUCUCUUUUCAGGACAGGCACAGGAUGCCCUACACACAGGCCAUGAUCCACGAGAUUCAGCGAGUCGCUGACACAGUGCCUCUCGCCCCGUUCCACGCCACCACCAAAGACACACGGCUGAUGGGCUACAAUAUUCCCAAGGGAACCAUCAUCAUCCCCAACCUCUCCUCUGGACUGAGUGAGGAAAGCCAGUGGAAGUUUCCCCAUGAGUUCAACCCCUCCAACUUCCUAAACGAUGAGGGGGAGUUUGUGAAGCCAGAGGCCUUCAUGCCCUUCUCUGCUGGGUUUCGGGUGUGUCUGGGAGAGGGUCUCGCACGCAUGGAGCUCUUCCUGAUUCUCGUGACGCUGCUACGUCGCUUCAAGUUCAUCUGGCCUGAAGAGGCAGGGGUGCCUGACUACACCCCUGUUUUUGGUCUCAUUCACUCACCCAAACCCUAUAAACUGGGUGUUAGAUUAAGAGGCAGUGGAGAUUUAGGCGCCUAGCACCCUGUGUUUUUUGUGCUGCAUUGCCAGCUUUUGUGUGUGUAUGUGUGUGUGUGCCAAAGAUACAUUAAAAUGUAUUUUGAUACAAAAUACAAAAUACAAAAUACCCCCAAAUGUAAAUGUAUCAAAAAAUUUGUAUUUUGGAAAUACAAUACAAUUGUAGAUAUUUAACGUUAGCUAGCCAGUUAGGUAUCUUCUCUCUAAGGUAAAAUAGAGUGCAGCUAGCUUCUUAAUUGUUUGCUAACAUAGCUAGCUGGCAAGCUAUGACAUGUUUCGUGUUUUGCAACAAAGCUGAUUACUUAGUGAUAGCUACAUUUUGGGAAGAGGUAAAGAGACAGCUGAUGGGUUUUUUAAACUGUUUUAACACUGUAAAAAUGUUUAAACAGUGCUGUGUAAUGUGACAUAACAUAACAACAUAACAUAAUGGUGAGAACAGGCCAUUCAGCCCAGCAAUGCUUGCCUUUUCCUACCCCUAAGUGCUUAGUUUGCCUAAAAGUUAAAUGGUAUCUAGCAUCGUAUCAAGCCUAGUCUUGAAAACCCCCAGUGUUUCUGCCUCCACUAUAUGUCCUGGCAAGCUAUUUCACAAGCUAUUUCACACAGUGUGAAAAAAUACUUCCUAAUAUCUGUGAAGAAUUUAUCCUUUGCCAAUUUCUGCCCACUCGUUCUGCUAACCAACCUCACCCAGAAGAAUUGCAUAGUUCACUUUGUCAAAUCCACUCUCAGUCUCCUCUUACUAAAUUUAAUCUUAAGUCUUCUCUUAUAACUUUUAUCUUUUAUACAUGGAAUCAAUUUGGUUGCCGUUCUCUGAACCUUUUCCAGUGCCUCAUAAUCUUUCUUAUAGUGUGGUCCCAAGAACUGCACACAGUGCUCUAACAAGGGUAUUGUAUAAGGUGAGUAUAACUUCCUUAGAUUUAUACUCAAUACUCUUGGCUAUGUACCCUAGCAUUUGUUGGCCUUUUUUACUGCUAAUGCACAUUGACCAGAACCUGAAAGGCUUUGAUCAACUAUGUCUUUUUCAAUUUGAGCACCUACCAAUUUUGUACCAUCCACCAUAAAAUACAAAAUACUUUUUGUAUUUCAAAUACCUAUAUCAGAAAUGAUGCAGAAACAUGUGUGUACAUGCAUGAACUGACUAGCACUGUCUAUGUUCAGCAGUCCAUCCAUCCAUCCAUUAUCUUAACCCGCUUAUCCUGAACAGGGUCGCAGGGGCCUGGAGCCUAUCCCAGCAUACAUUGGGCGAAAGGCAGGAAUACACACUGGGAAGGUUGCCAGUCCAUCGCAGGGCACACACACCAUUCACUCGCACACUCAUACCUACAGGCAAUUUAGACUCUCCAAUCAGCCUAACUUGCAUGUCUUUGGACUGUGGGAGGAAACCCACGCAAACACGAGAAGAACAUGCAAACUCCACACAGAGAGGCCCUGGCCGACCGGGAUUUGAACCCAGGACCUCCUUGCUAUGAGGCAGCAGUGCUACCCACUGCACCAUCCAUGCUGCCCUGUGGCAGCAGUGCAAUGCAUAAAAUGUAACCGCUGAUCUCCUGGGAUUUUCACACACAACUGUCUCUAGAGAUUGCAGGGAAUGGUUUAAAAAAAAAAACAUCCAGUGAGCAGCAGUUUUGCGGGCAAAAACGCCUUGUUAAUGAGAGAGGUCAGUGGAGAAGGGCCAGACUGGUCAAAGCUGACAGGAAGGUGACAGUAAUGCAAAUAACCAUGCAUUAAAACAGUGCUAUGCAGAAGAGCAUCUCGGAACACACAAUGCAUCAAACCUCUAAGUGCAUAGGCUACAGGAGCAGAAGUCUUAAUAAGUCUAAUAAAUGCCUAAUAAAGUGCUCACAUAGUGUACAUAAAAACAUAUUCUUAUAUAUGUGAAUAAAACACAUGUGAAGGUUAAUUUUAUUUACAUUUUGCAUUAAAAAAUGUUUUGGUUUUCAUAAAAAAUAAAUAUAUUUUCUGAUCAUUCAUGUGUCUGGAGAAAAAGAUAUGCUGAUGCUUUGUAUUUGUAGAGAUUUGGGGACACUUGAGGACAUCUGAGUGCAGUUUUUGGAAGACCUGUGGAAUUUGAAUGCUUGUCGAUAUCUUUCCCAAAUUUUGUAUACAAUUUAACAUCAGGUUUCUGAGGUAGUUCUGGGUUGGUCGUUGACUUACUCAUUGAGAU